GCCGCCUGCUGGGGCUGUGUGUGUGAGCGCUGAGAGGCUGCUGCAGGCACAGUCGGAUUCCGCACAGGCUGGGGCUGCCGCGGGGGGUUGCGAGCGGGAGCCAGCCUGGAACUCCGAGAGCGGAAACAGCUGAGCGCGCAGGCGAUACACUGUAGCCAGCCGGGGAAGGCGAGCGGCCCCGAGGGGGAAGAAUACGGAGCAGGGGGUUGGGGGCACUGGUCAGUUUCAGCCCCGUUACAGGCUGCGGGGAAGUUCACCAGCGGAGCCGCAGAUCUUUCUCCCCCAUCCCCUCCCCGCACUUCUCUUCCCGCAAUUUUAAAAACCUCUCCGAAGUGGUGACGAACUCCGGAUUCUCGCUGCAGUUCGGUUCUCGCUCCUCCUCUGCCCGGGUACCAGUGCCGAUGCCUGCAAAGCUGUGACACCAGGAGGCGGAGGAGGAGGAGUACGCUGACUUCGGAACUGGGUUUUCUUUCAGGGAAGGUUGGCUGGAUGGACAGAGAAUUGGAUAAAUCCUUCUUAAUCGCACGUCCCUGCUACCCCCCCGCCCCUUCCAGCAGACACCGCUCCUGCUGCACCAAGAUUACAGCUGGUCUGAUGCUCUAGCGUCUGCAAAGGAGAAAUCUGAAAACGUGCUCGAGCACCUUGGCCCAGAAGCCCACGAGUUCUGGUGAAGCAGAUUGGGGAGUCCGCAGAAAACGGAGUCAGUGAGAGACAUGUGAAGGAGUGUGAAUUGGCCCUGAGCUCGUGGGUGUGCUGGCCACAAAGCUGGGCUGAUUUACUGACGUUUGUUUUUGAGUGGGGUGAUACUCUGCCUUCACCCAGGUAUGGUGUCGGUUGAAGGAUCUACGAUAACAAGCAGGAUAAAAAACCUUCUUCGCUCCCCAUCCAUUAAACUGAGGAGGAGCAAGCCUAGAGGCAAGCGAGAGGACAUCAGCAGUAAGGUGACAUUGGAGAAAGUGUUAGGAAUAACUGUGUCGGGAGGCAGAGGAUUAGCCUGCGACCCCAGGACCGGCCUUGUCGCAUAUCCAGCAGGGUGUGUUGUCGUGCUCUUCAACCCUAGGAAAAAUAAGCAGCACCAUAUUCUAAACAGCUCCAGGAAGACAAUUACAGCUCUUGCUUUCUCCCCUGAUGGAAAGUACCUGGUUACUGGAGAGAGUGGGCACAUGCCAGCUGUUCGGGUGUGGGACGUGGCUGAACGGACCCAGGUGGCUGAGAUUCAAGAACACAAGUAUGGCGUGGCCUGUGUCGCAUUCUCCCCCAGCUCCAAGUACAUUGUCUCAGUGGGGUACCAGCACGACAUGAUUGUCAAUGUGUGGUCAUGGAAGAAAAACAUUGUGGUGGCGGCCAACAAGGUGUCCAGCAAAGUGACAGCAGUGUCAUUUUCAGAGGACUGCAGUUAUUUUGUCACAGCUGGCAACCGACACAUCAAGUUCUGGUACCUGGAUGACAGCAAAACCUCCAAGGUAAAUGCCACAGUCCCCUUGCUAGGGCGCUCCGGUUUGCUGGGGGAGCUGAGGAACAACUUCUUCACGGAUGUGGCCUGCGGAAGGGGUAAAAAAGCAGACAGCACUUUCUGCAUCACCUCCUCUGGCCUCCUCUGUGAAUUCAAUGAAAAGAGGCUGCUCGACAAGUGGGUGGAGCUGAGGAACACAGACAGCUUCACAACUACUGUGGCGAACUGCAUCUCUGUGAACCAUGACUACAUCUUCUGUGGCUGCGCUGAUGGCACGGUGCGGAUUUUUAACCCUUUGAACCUUCACUUCGUCACUACGUUGCCAAAGCCGCACUUCUUGGGAAUGGACGUUGCCAGCGUCACUGAAGCCAGCCGUCUCUUCUCUGGCAUGGUGGAUGCCAAGUAUCCAGAUACAAUUGCCUUGACCUUCGACCCUACCAACCAGUGGCUAUCAUGCGUUUACAAUGACCACAGCCUGUAUGUGUGGGAUGUCAAGGACCCGAAGAAAGUGGGCAAGGUUUACUCUGCCUUGUACCACUCUUCCUGCGUGUGGAGUGUUGAGGUGUAUCCUGAAGUGAAGGACAGCAAUCAGUCUUGCCUGCCCCCAAGUUCAUUCAUCACCUGCUCUUCUGAUAACACCAUCCGUCUGUGGAAUACAGAGAGUUCCAACAUCCAUGGCACAGCUCUGCACCGGAACAUCCUCAGCAAUGACCUGAUGAAAAUCAUCUAUGUGGAUGACAACACUCAGGCCCUGCUGGACACUGAUUACAACUCUGGCGGGAGCGCAGACAAGGCUGACGUCCAGGCCUUGGACACGAAGGUGGGGAUUCGCACAGUGUGUGUGAGCCCCAGUGGAGAGCACCUGGCCUCGGGUGACAGGAUAGGCACUCUCAGGAUCCAUGAGUUGCAGUCCCUAAGGGAAAUGCUGAAGGUGGAAGCCCAUGACUCGGAGAUCCUCUGCCUGGAGUACUCCAAAUCUGACACAGGGUUGAAGCUCCUGGCAUCAGCCAGUCGGGACAGACUGAUCCACAUCUUGGAUGCUGGGAAGGAGUACAGCCUGCAGCAGACACUAGAUGAGCAUUCAUCUUCCAUCACAGCUGUGAAGUUUGCAGCCAACGAUGGGAAGGUGCGAAUGAUCAGCUGUGGAGCGGAUAAGAGUGUCUAUUUCCGCACUGCACAGAAGACGGGCGACGGGGUCCGAUUUACCCGGACACACCACGUUGUUAGGAAGACUACUUUGUAUGACAUGGAUGUUGACCCCAGCUGGAAAUAUGCUGCUAUUGGCUGUCAAGACCGUAACAUCAGGAUUUUCAACAUAAGCAGUGGGAAGCAGAAGAAGCUGUACAAGGGAUCCCAAGGUGAAGAUGGCACCCUCAUUAAAGUGCAGACUGAUCCCUCGGGUCUCUACAUUGCAACUAGCUGCUCUGACAAGAACCUCUCCAUCUUUGAUUUCUACUCCGGCGAGUGUGUGGCCACAAUGUAUGGGCACUCAGAGAUUGUAACUGGGAUGAAGUUCAGUAACGACUGCAAACACCUGAUCUCUGUCUCUGGUGACAGCUGUAUCUUCAUUUGGCGCCUGAGUUCUGAGAUGACCAUCAGCAUGCGACAACGGCUAGCUGACAUGAAGCAAAGAGGGAAGCAGGUGGAGAAAUCACCACCACACAAGACAGCUGGACUUAUCAGGCACGAAUCCACCUCUGUUCUAUCGCCAGUGCCAGUGCUUUCAUCAGAUAGCGACAAAGAUGGUGAAGAUGAAGGAAAUGAUGAAGACGAGUUAAAUGGGCUACAGUCUUUCCAAAUUCAAUCCCGCUGCAACCCUGAGAGAGACUCAGAUCCAGGCCUUUCCCUCUCAAGAAGCCUCUCCCAUUGGGAAAUGAGGAGGGCAAAAGAGAUUGCAGAGAUCCAGCGUUCAGAGACUGCAAUGAAUAAGAUUCCCCGGCAGCGGGGCCGUUGGUCCCAGCCAACCAGUAACAUAGAGAUGACGGUUAAAUCCAUGCUGGACUUGCGCCAGCUGGAGUCUUUCUCAGUCUCUCGAUCCCCCAGUCGAGACUCGCUGUCCCAGACCAGCAAUGGAGAUGACAGAGAAGAGCAUGCUGAUCUCUCUCUGCACGUCAACAAGGUUGGAGACUCCAUAGCUCCUCAGGAUAGCCGGCCUUGCGUCCGACCUCAAAUGAUUCGGCUUGUGUCAUGUGAAGAGGGGGUUUUCACUCAGGAACUGGAGCCCUUUGAGAGUGAGGAAUGUGUAAUCUACCCUGAACAAGAUGAGAUCCACCCCACCAACAGUAGCAGUGAGUUCCAGGUAAAAGCACUGCCCCACGGGAAGCUAGUUAGAGGUUACCACAGCAACGGAUGCCCUGAUAAGCAGAGUCCUGACAGUGCUUGCUCUGUAGAUUACAGUAGCAGUCGCCUCUCCAGCCCAGACCAUCCAAAUGAAGAUUCUGAGAGCACAGAGCCUCUCAGUGUGGAUGGCGUCUCAGACCUGGAGGAACAAGUGGAUGGAGAGGACGAGGAGGAUGCGGGCACUAGCAUGCUGGAGGGAGAGGUCCCCAAGACUCCAGAUCAGGAGAAGUUCCUCAAGCAGCAUUUUGAGACUCUGGUCAAUGGUGGUGAAAAAGGUGGAUCAUGUAGGACCCUAGAGAGAACUGAAAAUAUCAGCAUUUCUUCUCGCUUUCUCUCCCAGUCCCCAGCUCUCAGGCAUUUGUCACGCUCCUCAUCAAAUCUGAUACUGGAUCAAAAGCCCAUUGAGGCUUCAGCCCAGUCAAAGCAGGUUUCUGUUGACCUGCUGAAAAAUGGGAACAGCCAUCAUAAUGCUGCCUUGGAGAAUGACAGCCUUCUGGAUGGUGUAAAUUCCUACCGGUCCAUUUACACCCAAAGAAAACGGAAGUCAGCAGUGGAGACCAAUAGACUUGCUGUGGGACCUGGAAGAGUUAUUGCACCCUUUCCAGAGGGUACUGGGAAUGCGGGGAUGAGGAAGUCCCAGUCAGUUCAUGACCUCCUUCAUGACGAUAAGAAUCCAGGAGUGAUAUCCUCUACCAAGCAGCGUCCUCAGACACUAGUGGUGGCUGAGAAGGAUCCAAAACCUAAUCAUUGCAGGCCAUUGUCUGCAAGCCUGCUGAAGAUGGAUGGGUCCAGCUCCCUGCUGGUCAAAGACAGUAAGAUUGUAAAAUCAAAGUCCUACAUGAAUCCCACAACCAGCUUCAUGGCCAAGAUGUCACGCAGCAUCUCUGUAGGGGAAAAUCUAUGCCUUGGUGACUCUGUCGAAACACUGACUGAGGAGAGGACCAGCCUACAGGGGCCUGAGAAGACACAGAUAACUCCCCCAGCAGAGACUGAGAAGAACAAGCCACCUACAAAAGAGAAUGUCCCAGGAAAGCCAGCCCUUCAGCAAGUUGUAAACUGCUCAUCACCCAAGUCCUUCCACAGCAAGUUGGCAUCAUCAAACCGAGCACACUUGAUCCUUGACAUCCCCAAACCCUUGCCUGACAGACCCACCUUAGCUUCUUUCUCUCCCACUGCCAAAUCCAAAACUUCACUCGAACUGGAGUCUCCUCAGUCACCUGCUGGGGUCUGUAAAAAGAAAUCUCUUCUUGAGGGACGGGCCUUUAAGAGGGAGAGCCCAACUGCUGUGUCUGUUGCUAAAGAGAGCCCAGUGGAGAAUCCAGCACUGAGGAUAGAUCGUCAGGAUGAUUCAGGGGUCACUAAUCCAAAACUGAAAGAGUUUUCAGAAGGCUUUCACCCAAGGUCUCCUGAAAGCACAGUGCCCAGAUGCAGAGAGAGGUUCUCCAGCAUUGGCUGUGUGCUAGACAAACCACUUGGACUUUGCCCACUAGACCCCAUCAGGCCAAGGUCUCCCACAACAGUGUCUGCCUCGGCACAGAACUCAGAACGUCACAUCAGCAUUGAGCAGUGUGAACAUGUUGUAUCUGAGCUCCAGGACAGCAUGCGCAAGGCCAUUCACCUUUACCACAUGGUAUCAAUGGACAUGGAGUCUUCCACUGACAAAGAUAAGAUUGCUGGCCUCCUAACGGACACGUUCUCCGUGAUGAAGAAAGAACUGGACUCCCUGAAGGAAGGAGAAGAGCUCCAAAGGGCCAAGAAGGUGCUGGUGAAGCCACAAGAUGCCAUUAGGUCACUGAAUGAGAGAAGUGGUGCCACCCUGUCCAGUCCUAGACGUUUUGGGGAUGAGCAGACUCUGGCUUUGCUGGAACAGUACUCGGAGCUGUUACUACAAGCUGUAGAACGGCGCAUGGACAAAAAACUGUGAAAGGGCGGUGGUCGGAAAAAACAUGUUUUGAGUAAAACUGAUAGCUCCCUAGAAAUAAUCCCAGGAAGACCACCAUAGUGGAAGCCUCAGAGAAGUGCUGUUGCCACCCUGAUCUAUGGAGGGAGAGACCUUUUCAAACUGAUCUCCUCAGCCCCAUAGAACAGGUGUUCUCCUAGUUUUUAGCAAUGUGCUGGCCACGGUUUUAAUCACUUCCCCAGUACUCUUCCGCAUCCAGUUUGUGAACACAGCCUGGAAAAAGGCUGUAGAGAAGUUGCUUGGAAAUCUCUCCAUGGCCAGAUGUUUGGCAUCUCCUGUAAGAACAAAAAAUAAAUUCAGUUUGCCCAAGAAGCUCUGAACUGUUAACAAAAGGGGCCUGGAUGAAGCCAAUCACUCCCUCCCAGGGCUUCAUCUGAAUCCAAAGGCAGACUUUUAAAUGUUCUAUUUAUUAAUUUAUUUUUCCAACGUUUGCUCUGUUUCCUGAGUAUUUGGUGGCCAUUUCGUUCCCUUUUCAAACAAACCAUUUUUUCUCCUUUGCCAUAUCCCAGCGAGAGACAAUCUCUGUAUUAUAGUAAACCCUAACAGCAGAGGCAGGCUGGAGUGUCUGUGCAAUUACCAAACUGGUCUUAUCUGUUGCAACCUAUCUUGCUGAUCUUCCUUUCCCCAUCCCUAGCUUGUUUCCUGCAGUAAUCCUGCUGUUGUGAUGACGACCCUGUUGGCUUUUCCUUUUGUUUCAAAGACCGUCUGAGAGAUAAUGUAUCUCCACUGUCCUCUGACGGGGGAGGAUUUGCUAUCCCUUGGAUCAAGUUGUGAGGAUUAGGUAACAAGAACAUCAUGGCUUUUUAAAUGAGCUUUGGCGUUUUUUCUGUGCUCAAAUACUUGAGAUUGGGUUUUCAUCAGACAUUAAAAAGAAAAGGGUUGAAAUAAUGUAGGAAAAUGAAAAGGCAGCUGCGAAGUUCCUUUUAGCCAUGUUCUGAGAGUGGAAUUGGAUACUGAUCUCUUGAUGCUAAUGAGAGUGUGGUGAAGAGGGUAGGUUGGAGGUGAAUGAUUUUAUUGGGAGAAAUUAAGUGGGAGGCAAGGCCUCCAUCUCUUUUAGUGAAGCCCUUGUUCAGAGUGAUCACCCAUGCAACUGCUGUUCCCUCUCAGUUUGAUGCUUUCAUUGUCCUGGUAGGAAAGACAGUCAAUAGGUUCCACUUUCUCUACAUGGAAAACAGAAUAUUCUUCUUCUUCCAGGGGAGCAGAGAAUAACUUACCUGUUCUAACGAACUACAGAAAAUGAUCUCCUGGGAGUGCUGAGCAGCCAGUAUCAGAUAUUGUGGGAUGUAAUUAUCACCAUCCUUCCCCUACCCCUUCAUGGGUCUCUAAAUGGAGAAAUAGAAAACCUCGCCCCUGUGAAAUUCUGUGUGCAAUAGCCUUCUUGCCUUAUCAGACUUCUCCAAGCUGGCAAUAAUGUCUUUAUUGUCAUGGCUUACAAGUAUCCAGUGUUGCUAUUGGUCAGUAUCAGUAAGCUAGUAAAAUAGGAUGCAGUGUAGGUGGAUCCAUAUUAAAGGAGUUGGCUACCCAGGGAGAUUACUUCAUUUUCUUUCUCUGCCUUCAGUCUUCCUCUUAAAAAAACAGAGCAGUACAGUCCCAGCUUGUGAAACUCUAGUAUCCAGCCUAGCCCUGGAUAGAAAUGUUGGCUGGUAUCAGCAAAAGCCCUUUAAAGCUCGCCAGCCUCCAAAGAUGUGUCCCAUGGUCACAGACUUGAAGCAGAUUUUUCUGUAGUUGGUUUGGGGCAAGCUGGCCAUCAUUUUGGUCUUGUGGUUCUCUGGAAUGGGCCUGGCCUUUCUUCACUGCACUUGGAAACUGGGGACCUGCAGUGCAGCCUUUUCUCUACAGGGAUGACUAGUCUGGGGCCAGUUGGCCCAUUUCUUCACUGCACUCCAGGGCUGGAGACUUGCAGUGCAGCCAUUUCUCUGCUUGCUGGCUGGCCAUCAGUUCACUGAUCUACAGGACUGGUGACUUGAGAUGCAGGAAGCCCUUUCAGAGCCUUUCAGCUGAUUCUUCCUAUCCUCUGACUAUCUGUCUAAAUGUUUCAGGUGUCCUCUCAGACCUCUAGUUCAAUACAGUUGUACUGUACUUUACUUCAAGGUUUAAACCUCAGAUUGCUGUGCUGCUAAUCCCCUCCCACUAUUGUGUUGUGCUGAAUAGUAUGGUAAACUGGGAUUUUGUGGGCAGCAUCUAUGGCAAAUGGAAAGGAACUGUUUGCAUAGGAAUGAAGUUAAGAAAUUGGAAGAAAUCUCUGGGAGCUUCCUUGGGUGGAGGGGGUAGGGAUGCUCACAAAUGGAAUAUGAGAUGGCAGUCCUGUUGGUUCUCUGAUGGGGAUAGUCUGGGUGAGGCUGACUGUGGGUCAACCAGCUGUUCUCACUCCACUUUCAGACUGUGAAAACAUAUGUGCCAGUCCACAGGAGGUUUCUUGCUGGUAUUGGGGCACAGACACUCAGGUAAAAUAGCAGUAUCUUCAGCCCAGGAAUCUUCUGGUACUGGAAAUACUGGUUUGAGGGUUCUUUAUAUGCCUUCCCUUGUUGAAUUGAUUCCAUUUUAUUAUUAUUUGUAUUUAAAGUAUGAGGUGGUGAUACUGGAUUGGAAAGAAUGCUGCAGAGCAGAUGGUUGGAAUGAAUAAAAUAUUCCCCAAAGCCGUUCCUGUUAGAUACAGUAAUCCAGUCCAUGGUGUACCUUGGACUGUCAUAGGUGAAAAACAGCAGCUAUCAGGAUUCACAGUAGUGUCAAAUAGGACUCCCUCACAGUAAUGCACAGGGAGUGAGUUUUAAAAAAAAAAAGGGAUUUUUAUGCGUGCUGGAUGUGGACUUUGCCUGGGUCAUGCGAGUAGGUGGGAAAACAGCAAACAGGGGCAAGUGUGUAGUUAGAACUGUGGUAGGGGUAGGCUCAAGCAAGUAGAUCAAGAGGGGAAUCUACGGGGUGUUAAGCUUUAAAGUAAUUAGAAAGCAGAGUCAGGGCUUCCAGGAGAAUAGUGUUAGGAAUAGAAAUAGGCUUGGCAUCAAGAACAUAGGCUGGCCAAUAAAAGCCUUGAAGGGGGCUAAGAAAGAUGUAGUGCAGCAGAAGCAGGGCUUCAGGGAAGUAGAACCAGGACUGAGUUUAGAGGUGUGAAUUAAAGAAUAGGUGGGGUAGUUUUGUUUAAUGCCUUUUUAUUGAGCCCCUUUUUUCCUACCUGCUCUCAUGUAAACAGCUGUUUCUUAGAAGGUGUGGGAAGGCUAAGGGAUGUAACCUCAACCAUUUGCUUAAGAUUUAGCAUUAACAGGUGUUGUGAAGCUAAAGAUCUAUAAAUCAAAGUGAUAUCCCAAGUUUGGUGAUGAGGAGUGGUGAAGGGAGAAAGUGUUGCAGAGAGAGAAACUGAUUUAGUUGAUAUAUAUGGCAAUUCCCUCAUGAUUUCCCAUUGCUGACAGUAAGAAGUGUGAGGAAAGAUUCCAGUUUUGAGAACAAAGGGAGUCCUCAAUAAGAUAGUGCAGUUGGCAGCUGUAGAUCACAAUGCUUACAUUUGACCUGCAUGUACAGCAUAUGCCUUCAUCAUAGAUUAUUCCAUAGUCUGGAGGGAGAAAUCCUGAACAAUGAUUGGUGGCUGGCAAGUGAAGAAGAUUGUGGGAGGAGGCAAUUUUGGAGCCUGGACCCCUUACAGAUUUGCGCAGGCACGCGCGUGUGUGUGCAGAUGUAACAUAUUAAAGGAAAUUAUUGUUUAGCAAAACCUUUUAAAGAAUUUGGGUCUACCACUGUGUCCUCUUUGCUUAACCACCAUCCCUAUCAGGACGUUCCUGGUUAAAAUGACGAUAGUUUUUUUUUUUUCUCAUCUUGAUGUAGCUUGUGUUACUUUUCCUGGGGGAGCUCUUAAAACAAUGCACAGAGACCUGUGAACAGGGUGGUGCAGUGAAAAGUACUUGAAUCUGACAAGACGACAACCCUUUUGUGUUUUGUUCCCUCUAAAGCCAACUCGUGUUUUUUGCGGAACAUUGAGACGCACAGCUGGUGCUCUUACAUGAGUCUGCAUUUCUUUCACUUUCUCUCUCAGGUAGUCUCCUUUCUGAGGAAUCUCCCAAGUAAUGGUUGGGGUAGGUCUUUUAGCGCUCUCCUCACUCUUCUGAUCUCAUCGAAUCUCUGAGGAAGCAGUAUAAAGAGUUGAAAAAUUAUGAACUUUAAAUUUUAAAGUACAUUUUAAAAAUAAAAAACAGAAGAGGAGGUAUUUAAAUGCUGUUGGUAUACUCCUGCAUUUGUAAGUUUUUUUUUUCCACUUGGGGUGCAGUAUCCCAGAUAUUAAAUGAUCUUCUCAUUUAGAAGAAAAAAACAAAAAUACAGGACUUCUUGCAGCCCUGGAGUGCUGUUGAGCAGAUGUAGAUAAGACUAGAAUGUCCAGAAUUCCAGACUGCUUGUUGUAAAUAAUAAACCAGAUUGGAUUGCAUAUUCGUGUGGGUACCUGCUGUUAAAGCAUGGACAAAGAUGCAUGGGGCAACGACUUUAGGAACAAGCCAUGUCCACUCUGCAUGUCUUAGUUAUGCCAUAGGCACCAGACAAAGAACUCUUUACCUGUGUUUUUCAACACUACCUUUUUUCCUCCACUGUUUUAAAAACACAAAAAGAAACAAAAACAAAAUCUUUUUAUUUAUGAAUGCGUGUUUUUUAUACUUUGGCUUUAGGUAAAAACAAAUCUUUAAAAUGUCUUUUUUUUUUUUUUUAAUUUGGAAAGAAACUGUUUUAUGUUUGUGGGAUUUUUGCACUGUGAGGCACCCGUCUGGGGGCUGUUUUUAACUCUGUACUCAUUUGUACUCUGUGUCUUAAACAGUUUCAAUAAAAAUGUGAUCAUUUGUUACAAAGUCGUCUUUAAUAGAGUUUAUGGCCAAAAUAGACCAGGAUUAUCAUCUAGUCUGACCCGCUUGUGAGAAUGAGCUAGGGAGGUGCUUAACUCCACACAAAACAGCCUGAGGAAGAGGCGCUGCUGCUCACCUUGCAGCCUAGUGGUCAGAGCACUCACCUGAGAUCGGGAAGACUCCUGUUCAAAUCCUUUUCCUACUUUGCCUAAUGGGGGAAUUGAGCCUGAGUCUCCCACAUAUCAACCAUGUUCUCUAACCACUGGGACAGAAGUUAGCGGGGGGGGUGACACUAUGUUCUUCUGCCAGAUUUUGAAUGGGACCGGAUUCUUGGAUCACCUACUGGAUCGGGCCUAGGGUUGAUAAGUAUCUG